AUGAAAAAUAAACAAUUAUUAAAAAUAAAAGAAUAUAAAAAAUCAAAUAAAUACUGGUUAGAAAAGUCUGAACUCAAUGAUGAUUUAGAAUAUGAAAAUGAUAGUAUAUUUUUUUCAAAAUCAAAAUCAUUGAAAAGAAAAAAGGAAAAGAGUUAUGAAAACGAUAAUCUUCCAAAAUACAGUCCAGAUAAGCCAUAUUAUGAAAUUUUUGUCGAUGAAGUAGUCACUAAAACCAUUUAUGUAACCGAUUUUGACAUUUGCUGUUGUGAUAUAAAUAAAAAAAGCUACUAUAAAAUUCCCCUUACUAUUGGAAAAUUUUCAAUAAUAGAUCUGUUUGAUGCACCGGAUGAGGAAGUAGUACUAAAGCCACCCAAACCAGCAACUCCAGUAUCACCAUCAUCAACUGAUAAUAACUACAAUCAAGAUAUAAAAAAAAAGAAGAAUAAAGAAAGAUCAAUUAUUGAUAGUGAACAUAAAUUAAUUUCAGCAGAUUCAACACCACAAUCAUCACCAUCAAAUUCAGCACCACAAAAGAUUACUUAA